AUGCAGCCCAUCCGCGAUCUGAAACACAACUUCAGCGUCCCCUCAUCGUCCUCCGUGGCCGGGGGUCCGGACUCCUAUCACCAGGGCAACGUCAGGAUGACACUGGACGACUCUUACCUGUGGAAGGCCUUCCAUGAGGUUGGGACAGAGAUGAUCAUUACCAAGCAGGGCAGGAGAAUGUUUCCACACUGUAAAAUCAACCUGUCUGGACUGCUGCCCUAUGCCAAGUACAUCAUGUUGGUCGACAUGGUUCCGAUUGAUGCAUUCAGGCACAAGUGGAAUAAGGACAAGUGGGAGGUGGCAGGGAAGGCAGAGCCCCAGCCCCCCUGCAGGACCUACCUGCACCCAGAUUCUCCGGCCCCUGGGAGCCACUGGAUGAAGCAGCCUGUGUCCUUCCUGAAGCUUAAGCUGACCAACAACACUCUGGACCAGCAUGGCCAUAUCAUCCUGCACUCCAUGCACCGCUACCAGCCACGCUUCCACAUCGUGCAGGCCGACGACCUGUUCAGCGUGCGUUGGAGCGUCUUCCAGACCUUCACCUUCCCCGAGACAUCCUUCACUGCCGUAACCGCCUACCAGAACACCAAGAUCACCAAGCUGAAGAUUGACCACAACCCCUUUGCCAAAGGUUUCAGGGACGAGGGCACCAACACCAAAAGACGUGCACACAGAAGUCAACCUUAUCCAGAGAAAAUGGCAAAGAAAAUGAACCCCAUGGACAAGGAGUCUCAGGAUGAGAGUUCUCCAGAUUUCCGCAGGUCACCAUACAACGGCUAUGAAGACGAGCACAUGGCGCACCCCAAGAGCAAAGACGGGGCUCCUGUGAAAGAGGAGCGCUACUCGCCCUGGGGUCCUGAGCAGGACCCGUCCCUCAACAUACGCACAGACUCACCCCUGGGCGCCGACGCCCGAGACAUCUACAACUCGGAGCAGCUGGUGCCCACCCCAGCCAGCUACCAGCCCUACAGAAAUCAUGACUAUGGAAAGUCUCCCUCUCCCUCCUCCAGCGCGGGCAGCAGUACUGGACGGCCCAGCUACGAGUCCAGGGUCCCCGAUGUGGCGACGGUCCCUGAGCACGAGGUCCCAAAGCCGCACGCCCUGGAGAUGGGCCCCACCUCCUGUGCCCCACAGCUUCCCCCCGGGCCCCAGGACUACCCGGGGGUCCUCAACAUGUCCAUGCCCGCUGCCAGCAAGCCAGGGGUGCUGGGACACCACCUGUACGCCCCCUACAGCACAGAGCAAGCCCUCGGUCAGUGGAGCGGCCCUGCCCCUGGCCAGUACCCUCCUCCUCCUCCUCCUCACCACCUGCCCGCAGAGUACAGCACGCAAGCAGUGCAUCAUGGGUAUCACCACGGCAACGUAGCUGACUGGAGCCAGUACCCGCUCUUCUCUUACUCCUGCUGGUGA